CCUCCUCCUCCUUUGCAAAUCAGGUGAGCCCAUUCCUGGCUGUUAUUUUCAGGGCUCCAUGGGAUUAGUCGAGUUGUGCACAAGCUAGCCUUGGUUACCCAAAAAAUCAGACCACUCUUGAUUGAUUUUUCCAAAGCUGUUAAAAUUUCAUCUGCAAGCUAGAGUUUGUGAGGAAAGCAACACAGGGUUCUGCAUUACAAUCUUGAAAAAAGAUGCCGAGUAUGUGAGAGUACACAUCAUUGUUCAAACAGUGACUGGUAGUACCAUACGGAGCUCUUCCAAGUAAAAAUGAAUAAAGAUUCCGGAAAUGAAUCUCGUAGAGAGAGACGGAAAGCAGCUCGACUAGAGAAGAACAAGAAAAAGUUUGACUCAUGGGUCCAACAUCAUCAACUUCUAAAGAAGGAAAAAACUAGCAACAAUAAGAAGGCCAAAAAUGCGCAGAAGAGUACUCAAAUUGCAGAAGAGAAAGAAUCGGGAAAAGAAGAUUCUACAAAACUAUUAGAAACUUCAUCACCUCACACUUUAAAAGAGACUAUUUCUGCUGAGGAUGACUUGAAACUGCAAAGACGACUUGCCAAGAAACUCAGGGUGAAGGAUAAAAAUUUAUCUGAAGGAAUUCUUUCUGCUCUUGAGUCCUUGGAGACAGAAGGGGGAGAAGCUUCUAGAAACACUAGUACUUCACGUAAGAAACAUAAGAGGCGCAUAUCAUCAGGAGAUGAUAUCAUGGCAGGUGACGACCAAACGAAUAUGUCUUUUGAACCAAAGGUUUUGAAAAAAAGGAAAACAAAGUUUGAAAAGUAUCUGGAAUUGGACACACAGAAUGGUGUUGCUUCUGCGCAGGAGGAUCUUGCUUUGGAACGAAAACUUGCGAAGAAGCUCAAACUGAAGGAAGGGAAAUUACGAGGAGAUGACGAUGAGCUCAACAUGUUAUUUGAGGGGAUUUCAUCUGUAUUUGAUUCUUUGGAGACCGAAGAAAAUGCAGACAUGGAAGAAGCUUCUGAGGUUGCCACUAAAAAGAAGAUUCCAAGGAAGAAACGCAAGAAAAACUCAGAACAGAAGGAGGAUGCUGAGAUCAGAAGUGAGGAUGUGGUUGAAGGACCUGAGUCUGAAAUAACUACUGGUGCAGAGUUGGAUUCUGAAAAUAACCCUGCUCAAGCAUCCGUACCGGAAGUGCAAGCAAAAUACGUGCCACCCCAACUAAGAUCCAUGUCUAGAAAUGAAUCGGAAGAAUAUUCUCAAGUUCGUAAACGUGUGCGGGGUCUUUUAAACAGGCUGAGUGAAUCUAAUGUGGAAGGAAUUGCAGGAGAUAUGUCCACAAUUUUUCAGUCUAUUGCCCGUAGUGUUGGUGCUCAAAUUAUCAGUGAAGAAAUUUUGGCAUCAUGUUCAGGGGGACCUCGUGGUAAUGAACAAUAUGCUGCUGUUUUUGCAGCUUUAGUUUCUGGUUUGGCUUGCUUGGUUGGGAUUGACUUUGGUGCAAAGCUGCUUGCUUCACUUGCAAAGUGCUUUGAGGAUGAGUACAUAAAAGAAGACAAUCUCUCUUUGCGGAAUUUAACUCUUCUUCUUUCUUAUUUAUACAUAUUUGGAGUUUGCUCAAGUGAUUUAAUUUAUGAUUUCAUGAUGAUGCUGAGCUCGCGGUUGACCGAGGUUGAUGUUUCCACCAUCUUGACCAUUCUUAAUUGUUCUGGAAUGCGGUUGAGGAGUGAUGAUCCGGCCACCAUGAAAAAUUUUAUCCUUAGCAUCCAGAACAAGGUGACAGAACUGAAGGCUGCUGAUGGAGAUAACCAGGCAAAGUCGAGAAGUAAACGAAUGGAGUUCAUGCUUGAAACCGUAGUUGACAUCAAGAACAACAAAAAAAGGGCUAAAGAGGAUACUUUGCAGCAUACCCGCAUCAAGAAAUGGCUUCAGAAGUUGAGAGUAGAAAGUAUUUUAAUUCGGGGAUUAAAGUGGAGCAAACUUAUUGACCCUAACAAGAAAGGGCAAUGGUGGUUAUCGGGAGACAUGGUAUCUACUACCGAUAAUAUUGAAAAUGUUGCCAAAAAGAUCGAUAGAGAGAGCUCGGAAGCUCAGAAAAUGCUUCAACUUGCCGCCGGACAAAGAAUGAACACGGAUGCAAGAAGGGCAAUCUUUUGUAUAGUAAUGAGUGGGGAUGACUAUAUUGAUGCAUUUGAGAAACUUUUGAGGUUGGAUUUGCAAGGGAAGCAGGAUAGAGAGAUCAUGAGAGUGCUUGUGGAGUGCUGCCUGCAAGAGAAAGUAUUCAACAAGUACUAUUGUGUUCUGGUUUCUAAGUUAUGUAGCCAUGAUAAGAACCACAAGUUCACAUUACAGUACUGCAUAUGGGAUCACUAUACCGAACUGGAAUCAAUGCAGCUGAUCAGGUCGAUGCACUUGGCGAAACUCGUGGCAGAGAUGGUGGCGGCAUUUACGCUCUCCCUAGCGGUCUUGAAGAAGGCCGAUCUACACGACACCACUCAGCUCACUUCUAGGAAAAUCAUGCAUUUCAAGAUCUUUUUCGAGGCCGUCUUUGAGUACCAAGAUAAUGUCGUGUGGAACAUAUUCAAACGGAUAGCGGGUUCCGAGCAAUACGAACCCCUUCGAACUGGAAUCAAGUUUUUCGUAGAGAGGUAUGUUAUGGGAAGUGAAAAGCCAUUUGCAGGGAAAUACAAAAUUGCCAAGAAAGCCCUAAAGAGUGUUGAAGAAGACAUAUUCUGAGUUAAAAAUGCUCCAAUUUUAAUCUCAUUUUUUAUGUGUUGAAUUGGGUGCACAAAAUUUUGUAGGUAGGGUUCCAUUUAUUCUGUGGGAUCUUAUAUACUGAUAUAAUGAAAGCCUUUGGGGGAU